GUAAUAAUUUACUGCAUUAAGUUAAACAUAUUGAGUGAACAUUAUACCCUAAAAUUAAUUAAUUCGAGUUAGGAGUAAUUAGUAGCUGAAUUUGAUUCUUGCAAAGAGAUGAACAUUGAUUAUAAUGAUUGCGAGUCGAAGGAAAAUAUGAAAAUAUUGAGCAUGAUGUUGUCAAUUCAACUUUGCAACCCUUUAAUACAGAGUAUAUUGCUUUGCUAAAGAAUGAUUUUUGAACUACUAUUUUGGUGGAUAUAGUUAUGCAUUCUUUACAAAAAAAUCUUAAAAACUAAAUCUAUGCAGAAUCGAAAUUGCAACUAACCUUCGAAGAUUUAACUAAAAAUGUUACAAUAUUCUGAGGGAGUCUAAUAGGAAAAAUAGAUUGCCAAAAUUACCUAAUAGAAAAAUUACUAGCCCAUUGAAAGAGGUAAGUAAACAGUAAAUUCAAUAAAAUUAUAAAUCAUUAGAGAAUAAUUUCAAGAACAAUACAACUAUUUUGAUCCUCAAGUCUUACUCCAAUUUUAUUCGUAAAUAACACAAUUUAGAUAAAGAUGAAUUAAAUUUCCUAGGAAAUCUAUUGAACAGAACAGAAAACACACUAAAAUAUAUGAUAGCUUGAUAAAAGGAGGGUAUCACCUUUCUUUUUUACAAUUAACCAACAUAAAUUUGAUAAAAUAUCGACAACGAUAUAAUUUUUUGAAGAACUGAUAAAU